UGAAAACCCUCUAUUUGUGCUGGUCAUGUGGCCCCUCCCAAACUAGAGAGCCCUGGUUUACGGUUGGGUGGGUAUACUUUUAUCCGGGUCCGUGCCAAAUUUGGAGACGUACGCAAAACAAAUGAUUUCUUAUUCAAAUGAUACCAAUCCACUUCCAUGGCCACUUGCGCUGUGGCAAUCCCGCCGAUGCGCGCAAGGCUGUGAUGCUAUGGUUUUAAAAGGAUGCAAGCUUUUGGAUUCACUUCGGUUUAGUCAGGUGCAAAAUUUUCAGCGCUGUCACAAGUUCCCUCAUAUCAUAUAGUUUUUUAACAUCAAAUGUCAAGAGAUAUCAGACAGCCAAACGAGCACAGCAUCUUGACUGAGAACAGUUUACAUGGAGAGACCAUGUUUAAGGAUGUUGUUUAUUGGCCUGUGCUUUGGAACUGCAGGGCUUGUGGUUUUAUGGACUUAUGUUGGAAGUAAAGAAGCAAAACAUCCUCCAACCAGCUUUUUGUCACAACACUUUGCAAAACUUUACAACUCCAGAAACUUCUCCACCUCUCCUGCAGAUGUUCGGAUAGAAAUCAGUUCAGAAGACUCAGAGUCAAGUUCAAGUUCAUUUUACUCUGAAUUUGGAAUCAGUUUAGAAAGUUACUCCAGUUUACAGCAGACUCUUUACUGGGCUGGACCAGACAGAUCAAUCACAAAUGUGUCUAUGAGUACAAGUCCAGAUCACUCCACUUUCAUCAUUCAGAACCUGAAAGACAGCUACCAAAUAGGGGAGGAGCUUUUUGUUACUAUCCAUGCCAGAGACUUUAACAAUAAACCUAAACGUUAUGGAGGGGAUUUCUUUCAAGCAAAGUUGUUCUCAUCCGAAAGUCCCAAAAAGGCCAGUGUGUUUGGGGAGGUGGUGGAUUUGCUUGAUGGUUCCUACUCUGUGCGUUUUCUUCUGCCGUGGGUUGGAGAGGCACAGGUGGCUGUGCGUUUGAUCCACUCCAGUGAAGCUGUGCAGGUCCUCAAGCAUCACAGAGACACUGAUUCUGACAGAGUGUCUUUCCUUGGAUAUUUUGAAGGACCAGGACCGAAUGGGACCAGACUGAAAGAAACAGUGUUGUGCAAUGUGAAGUCAGACAAGAAUGGACUAGAGAGAAUCAACAUUGGAGAUUGUUGCUGUGAAUACAAAGAUUCUCGCACUGGAGAAGAAUGGCGCUGUCGGAGACCCAAAUCACUGCCAUGCAGCGCUCGUGUGUAUCACUCUAUUGGAGGGUAUAUCAACUACAUGACUGCCGAAGAAGAAAUGUUUUUGAAUCCAAGCAACAAGGGUAUCAAUGGACUAAACAACACAAUCAAGAUUCUUCCCUCUAACAGGAGUACAGAAAUUGAUGUAACACAGAAAUGUCGUCCUGGUUUGCAUACACCAGUUCCUGCUGGCUUUUACCUGAAUGAUGUUUGGACAUCUUUUGUUUGUAGCACUCAUCAUUUUACUAGCCAAACAACAACACAGUGCCUGAAAGACAAACACAUCUACAUGAUGGGAGACUCUACCUUGAGGCAGUGGUUUGAGUUACUGCUGAAAGUUGUACCAACUUUGAAGGAGAUGAAUCUGCAUGUUCUACAACCGGCAGGUCCUCAUUUAGCAGUGGAUGUGGAGAACAACAUUGACGUACACUGGAGGCAUCACGGUCUUCCAGUCCGCUGUCAGAAAUCAGAAGUUACUAAUCUGCACUACAUCAGUAAUCAGAUUGAUGAUCUCAAUGGAGGACCUCAUUCUGUGUUUGUUAUUCACCUGGGGGUCCACUUUACAACAUAUCCUCUAGAUUACUUCACCAAAAGAGUGCUGAGGACCCGCAAAGCUGUGCUAGAUUUGUUACAGCGGGCACCAGAGACUACCGUUGUAAUCAAGACGGCCAACACUGGCUUUAAGGAUGUGUUUGGCAGUGACUGGUAUGUCCAGCAGUUGGACACAAUUCUACGGUGGGCUUUUCAGGAUGUUGGUGUUUAUAUUCUAGAUGUGUGGCAAAUGACAGCCUGUCACUACAACAAAGAGAACAUUCAUCCAGGUGAAGUUAUCCUCAGAAAUGAGAUGGACAUUUUACUAUCUUUUAUUUGUCCUGCAUGAACUUUUUAAAAGUUAUGACAAACUCAAAGGAUAACCUGUUUUCUACUUUAUUUGUUUAAAUGUGAAAAAAUAGGGCAGGAAAAUGGCUAAAUAAUUAAAAGAAUAUUUGCAUAAUAA